GUCAAAAUCCGACGUACGCAGAGGAAGGGCGGAAGUGGAGCGCUAUUAGCGAGCAACGCAUUAUGGGAAGCGUAGAGACUUCCUGGCAAUGGCUGCCUGCAGUGAGUGCCAGGAGAAUAUUGGCAGCACUGAUGGAACAAGGCCGAAGUUGAGCAAAGAUGAAAAGAAGCUUCUAAAGAAACAAGCGAAGGCCAAGCACAUUCUACUGAAACAUGAAGGCAUUGAGACUGUGUCACAUCCAUCCCAGAGCCUGGUGGUUGCCAAUGGAGGACUUGGGAACGGAGUAAGCAGGCAGCAUCUGCUUGCCGUACUAGAAAGGUGUGGGCAGGUGGAAACUCUUCUGAUGCCCCCAAACAAGCCCUAUGCCUUUGUCACCUACAGCAGUGCAGAGGAGGCUACCAAAGCUUACACUUCGCUGAGUGGGCAAGAGAUCUGCGGUGGUGACUCGGAACAGCCAAUAACCUUGUACCUGAGUUUUGUCGAAAAAGUUGACGUGAAAGAGGUGUCGCCACCUUUAUUACCCCCUGGACUAAUCGUUAUAGAAGACUUUGUCUCUCCUGAGCAGGAAAAAACCAUGCUAGAAAGCAUUGACUGGGACACUGAUCCAUCCAUUCAGAAAUCAUUAAAGCACCGACGAGUGAAACAUUACGGAUACGAGUUCCGAUACGACAACAAUAAUGUAGAUAAGGACAAACCAUUGCCAGGAGGUCUCCCUGAUUUCUGUACUGAAGCACUAGGAAAAUGUCUACAGCGAGGACUUGCAAAGCAUAAACAUGAUCAACUGACAAUCAACCAAUAUGAGCCCGGCCAAGGAAUCCCGCCUCACGUUGAUACCCAUUCUGCAUUUGAAGAUGAGAUUCUAUCCCUUAGCUUGGGAGCUGAGAUUGUGAUGGAUUUCAAACACCCCGACGGUUCUGUUGUGUCUGUGAUGCUUCCCCGAAGGAGCCUUCUAAUCAUGAGUGGAGAAUCUAGAUAUCUCUGGACACAUGGGAUCACACCAAGAAAGUUUGAUGUUAUUCAGGUAUCAGAAAGGCAAACAGUCGGGACAGUUAGUGAAAAUUCAGAGGCAUUAACAUUGAACAAGAGGAGUACAAGGACAUCUUUCACUUUCAGGAAAAUAAGGCACAGCCCCUGUGAUUGCGCCUUCCCAUUAUUAUGCGACAGCCGACAAACGCGGGAAGAAAAAUCACCUCCUCAGGUUGGAGAGUUGGGAGCUUCAACCUUGGAGAGAGAAUAUGUACAUAAGGUCUAUGAAGAUAUAGCCGGCCAUUUCAGCAGCACGAGGCAUACCCCAUGGCCCAGAAUUUCAGAAUUCCUCCAGAGUCUGCCCAAAGGUUCCCUCGUGGCAGAUGUAGGCUGCGGCAAUGGGAAGUAUCUUGGUAUAAACAAAGAUCUGUGCAUGAUUGGCUGUGAUCGCAGCAACAACCUGGUGGACAUUUGUAGAGAGAGACAAUUUGAGGCCUUUGUUUGUGACGCUCUAUCUGUCCCUUUCCGGGACGGCUCGUUCGACGCCUGUAUCUCCAUAGCUGUGAUCCACCAUUUUGCCACAGAAGAGAGAAGAAUUGCUGCCCUGCAGGAACUGAUCCGGCUACUCAGGGACGGAGGCAAAGCACUCAUUUAUGUUUGGGCCCUGGAGCAGGAGUACAAGAAAAACAAAUCGAAGUACCUAAAGGAAAGCAAAAUCAGCCAAGCGGCAAGCUCAGAUGCAGCGGCUGCAAAUCCUGAAGCAAAGGAGUCUUUACCCAUUCACACUAACAGGACGUCCUUUCAUUCCCAAGAUCUCUUGGUUCCCUGGCACCUGAAACAGACCAAUAAGAAUAAAGUCACUGGGACACAUGAAAAUAAGGAACAUGACCCUAGUUCUGUCUACCAUCGCUUUUACCAUGUGUUCUGUGAAGGGGAGCUGGAAGCUAUGUGCAACCGACUGAGCAACGUUGUGAUCCGACACAGUUACUACGAUCAGGGAAAUUGGUGCGUCGUCCUGGAGAAGCAAUGAAAUGGCAUUGUGGGACAGUUUUCCUUUGGCAGAGGCAAUAUAUACAUAUUUUUAUCUGUACACCGCCUGUUUUAAUGAUCGCGUAUCUAUGGCUAUUUAUUUGAACUUGGCUUAUGGGGCUUGAACUCUUUUAUUUCUUAUUCCCUACUGAAUAUAGGAAGGCACUGGUGAGAGCUUUCUUAUUUACUGUCAGUACAGGGUGAUGAGCAUCUUCCAGUUCCCUGUGCUGCCUGUAUUCUAAGGCCAAUGAAAUAAGAAUUUGUUGGUUAUACCGAUAGGAAAGAACAGGGGUGGAGUGUCAUUAUCAGUCAUUCUAUAUGAGCUUUAUUUUGAGAGUUUUAUCUGAGCACUGAGCUGGUGGAGCAGAUAUAUGUAUCCCAAUAUACCAAGCUCACUGUUGUGGUAUCUAAUGAUGAUGCUUGUAUCAUGGUACAGCAGCUCUUUCACAGACGAUUUUAUCUUGUCAUUGUUAGGGAUGAGCGAAUUUUUUGUCUCGUUUCGCCAAAAAGACACCCAUAGACUUAUAUGGCAGUGUGCGUAAAAAAAAAGGACGCGCGUCAAAACAAUUUCGCCGUACGACAAUAUUUUUGUGGAUGUAACUUUUUUUUAACAAAUAAAAAUGAAAAACAA